AACGACACCAGACAGCUUGACACCAUGUGUGCAACCUCCGCAUUUCUAAUCCUCGUGAAGCUAUAUAAGGCGACCGAGUGCGGAUGAUGGAUCGAUAUCUCAGCUCUCAAGCAGCUCACCUUUUAAGCUAUUAACAGCUAGCAAGCAACAAGCAUUCAUACAGUUCCCUAUCUAACAAACGACGACUAUAGAAACUACGUUCACGCGAUCGAUACUUCGGAAUACCUCUCGGCCAUUACCGGCUAGACUGCAGCGCAGAACCUCCACACUCCGACCCAACAUGACGACCGCCGCUCCCCGCCCAACCCCGGCUCACGAGCUCUCCACCUCACAGCCGGCCGUCUCCGCCUCAAAGUCCACUGAUGUGAACUUCCAAGGGCUACCAAUCCCCCGAGGAUCUGUCAUUGCGUCGCUCUCCUUCUAUCAAGCCCCUGCCGAUGGCUCGAAACCGUACAAUUUCGUCGAGAAGCAGCCCGAGGGUGUUCCUCAGAGGAACUUUGGGGAGGCAUGGAAUGAGGUGAAGGUGGACGAUCUGAGGGGUCAGGAGAACAAGUUCAACAUGGAAAACAAUGCCUUUGCCACUCUAUCCAAUAUUUCCUCAGAGGAGCACGAAUUUUUGAGAGAUGAGAGGAUACGACAGGUCUACUACCCGGAGGUCGAGAAGCUGCUGCUGGACACCGUCCCCGGUGCGAACCGGGUCUUGCUCUUCGACUACACAAUUCGACGGUCAACGCCCAACGCCGAGCGGGCACCCGUCGUUCGCGUCCACAUCGAUCAAACUCCCGCUUCCGCUGCCGCCCGUGUGCGACACCAUCUCCCAGAUGAAGCCGAGAAGCUCCUGCAGGGCCGUUACCGCAUUAUCAACGUAUGGCGUCCACUAAACGGUCCCGUUAUGGCCCAUCCUCUAGCUGUCGCCGAUAGUGCUACCGUCAAUGACGCGGAUCUCAUUGGUGUGGAACAUAGGUAUCCUGACCGCACUGGGGAGACGGCGGCUGUUCAAUACAACCCCGAGCAGAAGUGGUAUUACUGGUCUGGCAUGACCAACCAGGAGAGGCUCCUACUUAAGUGCUUCGAUAGUGACGAGACAGUUGGCGCAUGGGGCAGAGUUCCACAUACAGCAUUCGUCCAUCCUAAUACACCCGAAGGCGCUAUUGGGCGAGAAAGCAUCGAGGUGAGAGCUUUAGUAUUUGGCUAAGCUUGCAUUAGAGGGAUCUUGAUGAAUUAUGAACCAACAUGUCAUUAUUUUAGUAUCUAUAUUCUCUCUGGUUGUAUAUUUACCUCAAAUGUCAUGCUUCAUCAACUUGUCUU